GCACUCUGGGUCCUCUUUGGAGAGAGCUGUUGAAAGUGGCUGCUGCUGUUUCUCUUUCAGGGUGUUGCUGAGCUCGAGCUGGAGAAGGACCUGAGCAGGACGUUUAGGAUCAUGAUCCGAUCCAUCAGGAAGGAGGACGAGCUGCCUGUUCCACUCAACUUCGCCGACGUCCGGGAGCGAGGAGGGCUUCUGGCUGGCAUGCCAGAAGACCCACCUCCAAGCCAGAUCCUAGCGGGAGCGGAUCUCCAGUACUUCAUCCAGCAGUUUAAAAAGUCUGGCUUCAGGACACCAUUGAACUGGUACCGGAACAUGCGAGCCAACUGGCUGUGGAGCCUGUCUGCAAAAGACAGGAAGAUCCUGGUCCCGGCUUUGAUGGUUACAGCCGGGAAGGACUCUAUUCUCCAUCUGACUAAAGGCAUGGAGGAGUGGAUUCCCCAGCUGAGCCGGGGCCACAUUGAAGAGUGCGGACACUGGACGCAGAUGGAAAGGCCAGCUGCUCUGAAUAAGAUCCUCAUCAACUGGCUGGAGGAUGUUCACGACAAUUCUUUGCUGCAGAAGGUUUCAAAAAUCUGAGUUUGCCCUUGGAAGAUUUCAGCCUCCAACUUCCUGCUUGCAGUUUGUGUGUCGGUGUGGGCCCUGCCAGUACCACACACCUGAUAAGCUGGGUUUUGCCUCUGGGUUUUGGUUUUCAAGCUAGUCACUGGGAAAGGUGGGGUAGCCAGGGCUCAGCUAGCCACAUCAAGCCGGAUAACUGCCUUUCUUUGCACUGGCGUGGGAAUGCAAGCGUCUCAGCGAGGGAUUGUAGCAUCACGCUCUGAUUUGGGGCAGUUCUCCUGCAGGUGUUGUGAUGCAAGACUAGGGUGACCAGAUGUCCCGAUUUUAUAGGGACAGUCCCGCUUUUUGG